AUGUCCCAGAGAUAUAAUUCCAGCAAGCAAUACUCUUCCUCCCACAGUGGAGGAGGAGGAGGAGGUUCUUCCAUCAGAGUCUCAAGCAGUAGAGGCUCUGUCUAUGGGACUGGCUCUAUUGGUGGAGGAUUUAGCUCAGGUGGGGGUUCUAGUUAUGUCAGCUGCUCAAAAGGGGGCUUUGGCAGUGCAUCAAUAAGGAGCUUUGGAAGAGGCAUUGGCGGCGGCAGUUAUGUUGGGAGCAGCUUUGGUGGUUAUGGUUUUGGUGGAGGAAGCUAUAGUGAAGGAAACUAUGGUGGGGGAAGUUUUGGUGGAGUUCUUGGGGGAGGCUUUGGUGGAGGCGAUGGAGGGCUCCUCACAGGCAAUGAGAAGGUUACCAUGCAGAACCUGAAUGAUCGCCUGGCCUCCUACCUGGACAAAGUGCGAAGUCUGGAAGAAUCUAACUCUGAGCUAGAGCAAAAAAUCAAGGAAUGGUAUGAGAAAAAUGGCAAUGCCAAUCAGCGAGAACCUCGUGACUACUCUCAUUAUUAUGACCAAAUCAAAGAACUAAAGGAUCAGAUCCUGAAUCUAAGUACUGACAAUGCUAAUGUGCUGCUGCAAAUUGACAAUGCCAGACUGGCUGCUGAAGACUUCAGACUGAAGUAUGAGAAUGAAGUAACCCUGCAUCAAAGUGUAGAGGCUGACAUUAAUGGCCUGCGCAGAGUCCUGGAUGAUCUGUCCUUGGCCAAGACUGACCUGGAGAUGCAGCUUGAAAACUUGAAUGAGGAACUGGACUUCUUGAAGAAGAACCAUGAAGAAGAAAUGAAAGAUCUUCAGAAUGUGUCUACAGGUGAUGUGAAUGUGGAAAUUAAUGCUGCUCCAGGAGUGGAUCUUACUGAAUAUCUAAACCGCAUGAGAAGCGAAUAUGAGACUAUGGCUGAACAAAACCGCAAAGAAGCUGAAGCCUGGUUCAAUGAAAAGAGCAAGGAGCUGACCACAGAGAUUGAUACCAAUGUUGAACAAGUGUCCAGCUACAAAUCUGAGAUCACCGAAUUGAAACGAAAUGUUCAAGCUUUAGAGAUUGAACUACAGUCACAAAUGGCCCUGAAACAAUCCCUGGAAGCAACUUUGGGAGAGACAGAAGGUCGUUAUUGUGUACAGCUGUCACAAAUCCAGGCUCAGAUCACUGCUCUUGAAGAGCAGUUACAGCAGAUCAGGGCUGAAACAGAAAGUCAGAAUUUAGAAUACCAGGUGCUCCUCGACAUCAAGAUCCGCCUGGAGAAUGAAAUUCAGACCUACCGUAGCCUGCUAGAGGAAGGAGGCUCAUCCGAAGUUGGUGGCCAUAGAGGAAGCUCUGGUGGUGGAUAUGGUGGAAGUUCCAGUGGUGGCCAAGGGGGUGGAUAUGGAGGAAGCUCUAGUGGCAGUGGAGGACUCAAAAGUUCUACUUCCAGAGGAGGUUCAAGUGGAGAACAAGGAGGAAGCACUGAAUCUGGUGGAGAAUCUUCAUCUAAAAACAGCUCUGGAACAAGGUCAGCAGAAAUUAACUAG